AUGGACCCCAACACAACUGUCCUUCCGCCCCUCUUUAACCCUUCGACUCCAAUGGCUUUCCUGCCACCGGAGCUGGCGUACCAGUAUACCAUCUCAACAUACGUUUAUGUCGGCACACUCGCGGUGCUGGUCUGGGAUAUCUUGAGCCACACGCGCCAGGAUAUUCGUCUUAUCUUCCGAUACCCCGUGAGGUUGCCAGCCAUGGUCUACGCCCUCUCCAGAAUGGCAUCUCUUGCGUUCGUUCUCUCUGCGGUGAUCUACCAAACCGCACCCAUAGGCAUCCCAUGCAGAGUAUUCUGCAAAGUCGUUGAAUGGCUCUUCGCCGUCGCCGUGCCCACGACUUCCCUCCUAUUCCUCUUCCGCCUGCUCGCCAUCUUCGACCGGAACAACCUCGUGCGAGUCUUCUUUGGCACUCUAUGGCUCACGGUCGUCGCUGGUGUCCUAACGCCGACGCAAGGUCUCAAGGGCGCUAACAUCGGGCCGACGAAGUACUGCAUCAACGUGAGCGUUGAGGAGUACGUCGGCGCGGCUGCGGUCAUUCCCCUCGUAAACGACACGUUGGUCUUCCUCGCUAUUUCAUGGAAACUGAUGCGGAAUGCGCACACGAACGCACGACCGCUGAGGAGUAGCCGCGGGCCGGGCCUCCGAGGGUUCCUCAGCGGAGAAUACUUGCCCGCUUUUUCGCGAGGACUGUUGCAUGACGGCCAGGCCUACUAUCUCACGACGGUCACAACCAACUUGAUGACCGUCGUAGUCUUCUACUUCACCUUCAUCCCCGCCGUCUAUCGUGCAAUGUUCGCGGUGCCAAACGCCAUCCUCAUGAACAUGAUGGCGUGUCUGGUGUAUCGACGCACGAAGCUGGCCCUGAAGAAUGUCAGCAACCACCCCACAACCUCCGUGUCUAAAGAUGUUCCCAUCAUUCCGCUCGCAUUUACGUCGAAACGCUAUGAAGUGCAGAAUUCGAACGACAUGGCCGACGGGAAAGAUGAGGGUAUUAAGGGGAUCGAGGUCGUUGGGACUGUGGAGCAUCACGAGUAUCGCUUCCGAGAAGACGAGAGAACCUAUGUGAAGAGCACCGGGGCUCCCACUGCUGUCUGA